AGGAAACUGUUUUAUAUUCACAGCAGCGGAUGUCCGCGCGCACGCACGCACGCACGCACACACACACACACACGGAUGAUGGUUUUAUCAGAGUAGCGCGUGAAAUCGAUGUCAAUCAAUAAUGAGUGAACAGAGCAUGUGUCAGGCGCGGGCCAGCGUCAUGAUGUAUGAUGACGGCAGUAAACGCUGGUUACCGGCCGGUUCUGGUCCUCAGGCCGUCAGCAGGAUUCAUAUCUUCCAGAACACCACCAACAACACAUUCAGAGUGGUGGGCCGAAAACAACAAGCUGACCAACAGGUUGUCAUUAAUUGUGUGUUAGUGAGAGGUAUAAAAUACAACCAAGCGACAGCUACGUUUCAUCAGUGGCGAGAUGCACGGCAGGUGUGGGGUCUGAACUUUAGCAGUAAGGAGGAAGCAGCACAGUUCGCCGCUGCGAUGAUGCAAGUGCUGGACGUGUUGAGUGGUCAGACGGAUGCAGGAGGUGUGUGUCCUCCUCGACCUCCACCCAGUGGCCCGAGCACCGAGGAGCUAGAACACAAGAGGAGACAGGAGCAGCAGGAGAGAGAGAGACAGGCACCUGCACCCCCGGCCCCGCCCCCAGCCCCUGCUCCCGCUAGUGCGCCUCCUCCACCCGGACCUCCACCUGCUCCAGGACCCCCGCCUCCUCCACCACCCCCGCCACCACCUCCUUCAGGAGGACCACCCGCUCCCCCGCCCCCUCCCUCUGGAGGAGGAGGUGGGGGAUCUGAUGGAGGGGGGGGAGGAGGAGGGGACGGAGGUCUGGCUGCGGCGCUCGCCGGAGCUAAACUACGUAAAGUUGCUAAGGAUGAGAGCGGAGGACCACCUGCUCCCGCACCAAGUGAAGGAGGAGGAGGCGGUGGCGGAGGAGGUGGAGGAGGCGGAGGUGGAGGAGGAGGACUGAUGGGAGAAAUGAGUGCUAUUCUCGCUCGACGAAGAAAAGUUUCAGACGUUCCAGCGGUGAAAAAAGAAGUGUCGACUAAUGGGGAUUCAACUCAAACUGAUCCCAGACCUGCAGAUAAAGCCGAAGCUGUAAAGAAACCUUGGGAGAAACUUGCUUCUGUAUCACGUGUGAAUUCAACGUUGAAGAGUCAAGACAAGAGUCCAGUAUCUCCUGCCACUGCAGCACCGUUGAGCAGGACGAGGCCGGGAAGCGGAGCGAGUGAUUCGGCUGGAUUUAAAGACUCCUCAGACAUGGAGAAAUUCAAGCAGGAGAUCCUGGAAGAGAUUCGUAAAGAGAUGCAGAAAGUAAAGGAAGAGAUCAUCGGAGCUCUGCUGGAUGAACUGCAGAAAAGCAGUCUUGUGUAGAUGUGUGGAGGAAACCACAACAGUUUCAUUAUCAGGAUGCUUAAAGAAGUUUAAAUCUCACCUUAUUCUCUCAGGAACGUCUUCAUCUUCAUAGCUGCCCGUUUUAAACCUUUAUUUGUUGCCUUCAGUGUUUGUUAUCAGCUGUUGUUCACAGCUGAUGUGUGAGGGUGAAUAUGAAUUCCCUCUGUUCAGAGUAUUUUACAGUAGCGUUGUGUGUUUUAACCUCAGCACAUGUUGUCUCCGUUUACAUGUACCUUUGUUGUUUACCAGAAAAAAAGGGAGAGUUUAUAUAAUGGUAAAAAGUAUUUAUCAUCUACUUUUAUUUCAGUUGAAUGGUGUUAGUAUGAUUCAUUUCUGAAGUGUCAGAUGAUAUGAAGUGUGUGUUGUUGUGUAUUGGUGUGUUUACAGUGAUCUCAGGCUAUUGCAGUGUGUUUUUGUUCUCUUUCAGAGGAGAACAUGAUGUCACUAACAAACAAUUAAGUACCAUGGUUUUAUUAUUAUGUUUUUUAUGAAAUGUUCUGCAAACACCAUGUCUAUAUCCUGAUACACACUUGUGGAUCAAUACAGUGGUAUGUUCGAGUAUUAUGGGAUUGGCAUCACAUACUCUUGCUUAGUAAUGACACCACCACAGUUUUGUUAGGAGAGAAUGUUUAUUAUGAUUUUAUUGGGUACAAUCAGUUGGAAAUAUUUGAUUGACAGACCGACUGUUUCUUAUCUGCUUUGCAGCGUUUAAAAUGUGCAAAUAAACAAGGUCUGCCUGUGUGAAGGCUGAUCUGAGA